UAAAUAUAUGCCUUAGUAUGAAGCAUUUAAAUGAUAUAUUUGUUUCAGUUACUUAUAAUACAAUGCUCUGCUUAACCAUUAACUAACACAGUGGGUUGUGUAACCCUUGUGGGGACGAACAGACAGUGGAAAAGUACUGAGUACAUCUGACUUGUAAAGAUAUGCUGAUGUAACCACACAAUAGGAAUGACUUUUAACAAAGAGCAGUGUGUCCUGGCGGCCAUGGUGGCGGUUGGGAGAGUGAGGCAGACAGCGGGGGUGUUGCAGCCCUGUGAGUACAGAUGCAGGACAUGUUGUAAUCUGUGGUUUUAAAAAAACAAGAACUAUUUCGCACCACCACCUGCACAAGGAGGUCACAUGGGGUCAGAUAUCCGGGAACGCGAGAAGGUGGAGAAUGGAGUCAGGUCAACGGCCAGUCAGAAGACAACUACACCUCAAUGCUUGCACAAUGUUCUGUUCGAGCGGCAAAGGGGGACCGACAGAGCCAGGCAUCACCUACCACAGACUGGGUCCUGCUGAAGGUGAUCAAACGGAAGUGGUCGGAGCCAAGAUGGACAGGACCUUACAAGGUGGUGGAGAGGACAUCCCAUGCAGUCAGACUGCAAGGGAAAGGAGAAAGCUGGUACCAUUGGAGCCAGUGUGGAGCCACGGAACCGCCAACAAGAACUCGAGAACAAAUAUGAACAGAAAAAGAGUAGAAGGGUUUUUAAACUUUUAAUUGCGUAAAGGCCAUAAUGUUCAUCUCUGCAGGGGACCCACAUCACCCUAGGUGGUUGUGGUUAGGAGUUCUUGCUAUUAUUUCAUGUAUAAUUGUUAUGCCGCUGUUAAUAUGGGAGCCAACCGCAAGGGACAGACACACAGGCGAGGGAGAAGGGCCCAGGAACGAAAGAUCAACAGGACAAGAGGUGGACAAAUGUAUAAGGGUAGUGGGGAGCCGGGUACACAUCAGACAUAACCCAAAGCAUGAUAAAACAUACCAGUUUGACUUAUGCAAAGCAAUAAACUGUGGCCACAAUCCAGGGAGCUGGAGAGGGUAUGAUGUAUACCUUUGCGUGCAUACCAAUUACUAUAGAUGGUGCCCGACGUGGAAUCAUGUACUAACAUGGACUGGGGUAAGAUGGACACCCAAGAAGUCACCAUCCUCAGAUAAUAGAUGGAAGGCUCGAGACCAUGUGAGCCUGACUAGGGGGCAACUCGAUCAUUCCUCAGAGAUAAAAAAUCCACUCUUGUUAACCCUGACAGGAUUCAACAUCAACCCUGGUCCCGAAGAAGUACGGAAUCAGUGCGAAAUCGAUGAUAAAAGCUUUUACUUUGUAAUAGGUGUAGAUCAAUCAGGAAAGGAUACCAUGGGACUAGUGAAGGUAACCUUGGUGGAUCCUCCUAUACACCAGCCAAAAACCGAAAACACAACAAGCAUGGAGUUAGAACAAAGUUCAGGAGUUGUGGUGAUAGCUUGCAACAACGUUACGAGAGAUGACAUUAUUUGACUAGCCACCGGAUACGGGAUAGGAACAUGUGGCUGGACUGGAUGACAGCUACCGCAACCUCAAUGAAUAUGAGAAAUUGCGUCGCAUGUUCCUCGGCUAGGCCAACUCUAUUUACUACCCCAGCCCCAAUGUUCCCUAGUACAGACCCAGCAGGAUUUUACUGCAUGAUUGCACUCACCAUGCAGGCAGACCCUCCUAAUUGUACCACCCUAAAUGCUAUUUUUCCACCUGUAAAGAAUUCCACGUUGUCCCCAGUGUUUAUCCCUAAGGCCGACAAUUACACUUGUUUCACUCGAAGUUCUCACAUAAUCUUGGGAGACAAGCCUGUUGUAUGGUGUAAGGACACGAUUAAUGUAAACGGCUGGCAGAAUGCUAGUACAAUGAUUUGGGGUAGAGCUGAUCUGUUCUGGUACUGUGGUGAUAGAACGCUGCACGUUAGUCUACCUCCAGAUUGGUCUGGAACCUGUGCAAUGGUCAGGCUAGGGUUACCCUUAUUCCUAUUAGGAGAACGACAACAGGGAAUAAAUCCACAUGUACGAAAACGUAGGGAUUUGUUUGCUAUCACUUCCAGCUCAACCACUUACAUAGAUGCAAUAGGUGUCCCCCGAGGUGUACCUGAUGAAUAUAAAUUAGUAGACCAGGGAGCAGCAGGAUUUGAGAAUCUCCCAAUUAUCGGUGCUCUAUUCCCAAUCACGCAGAAUAAAAACAUCGACCGAAUCAAUUAUAUACAUUACAAUGUACUCAGGCUAGCCAACAAAACCAGAGACGCGGUGGCAGGACUCUCUGAACAAUUAGCAGCGACCUCAUUAAUGACAGUACAAAAUAGAAUGGCCUUGGAUAUGUUGUUAGCAGAAAAGGGGGGAGUGUGCUUUAUGUUCGGAGAUCAAUGUUGUAUGUUCAUCCCCAAUAAUACAGCACCUGAUGGCUCGGUAACUAGAGCCCUGGAAGGAUUAAAAACCUUGUCUGAAGAAAUGCAUGAACAUUCAGGUAUUGACAACUCUCUGGGGGGCAUUUUCAACUCAUGGUUUGGGAAAUGGAAAGGAUUGGUUGUGUCUGUAUUUCUGUUCCUCGCUGGUAUGAUGACUGCGUUAAUGUGGUGUGGAUGUUGUUGUAUCCCCUGUAUUAGAUCUCUGUAUAACAGGGUAAUCAUCACAGCAAUUGAAGGGAAGGCUCCCCCGCCCUACCAGAUGGCACAGAUGGAAACGGAAACAAUGGCUCUGGCGGGAAGGGAAGACUACGCGUCGGAGAGCGAAUGUGAUGGAUAAACCUGUUUGGUUGGUCUCAUUUUCAUGAGACCAAAAGGGGGACUUGUAAAUAUAUGCCUUAGUACGAAGAACUCAGAAGCAUUUAAAUGAUAUAUUUGUUUCAGUUACUUAUAAUAUAAUGCUCUGCUUAACCAUUAACUAACACAGUGGGUUGUGUAACCCUUGUGGGGACGAACAGACAGUGGAAAAGUACUGAGUACAUCUGACUUGUAAAGAUAUGCUGAUGUAACCACACAAUAGGAAUGACUUUUAACAAAGAGCAGUGUGUCCUGGCGGCCAUGGCGGCGGUUGGGAGAGCGAGGCAGACAGCGGGGGUGUUGCAGCCCUGUGAGUGCAGAUGCAGGACAUGUUGUAAUCUGUGGUUUUAAAAAAACAAGAACUAUUUCUCGUCACCACCUGCAGAAGGCGGUCACAUGGGGUCAGAUAUCCAGGAACACGAGAAGGCGGAGAAUGGAGUCAGGUCAACAGCCAAUCAGAAGACAACCACACCUCAAUGCGUACACAAUGUUCUGUGAUUACAUGACGUUUUGUACUGUAUAAAAGACUGGGUCAGGGGCAGGAUAGGGGUCGGACUUCGUGAACUGACACACUUUGCUGUUUGUCAGGGACGGGAAGGUCAAGACCCAGAGCUCUGUAUACUUUAUCCACUCACUGCUAAAAUAAAGUAAGAGUUUGAGACUGAA